AAAAAUAGACAGAACUGUUUAAAAGCUUUUCUAACCUUUUGGAUCAGAAUACAGCAUCACAAAUAUUAGGUAGACUUGUCCUCAAACGGUCCACAAUCCCAAACUUAUUCGUUUUAUUUUCAUAGUAGAAAUUUGACUUUGGAGCUGCUAAAAUAACUUUUGGCAAUUUUUUCUUUUAGAUUUAUGGCUUUAAUGAUUGAUUGCUGGUUAAUUUCUGCUGGAGAGGAGAUGGUAGUUGCACACUAGCACAAGUAUCUCUGGAAAGGUUUGGUCUAGGAUAUGAUAAAAACUUGUUAUAUGGCUGUCUAUAAUUCAGUGGUGGAUUAUUCUAAAUGAACAUUACUGAUUUUAGCCAAGAGAAGUGCACACUGAGUAAUUUCUUUUGUUCCUCUGUCCAUAAUGAAUUAAAAUCACCUUAUAAGUAUUUAUGUAACGAAAGUGCACUCUAUAUUUUUAUGUAAGGGGUAUUUGUUGAGUAUUUCUGGUGGGGGGCGGCUUGUGUUUCACUCCAGACUUGUUGCACCUCUGGGUCCUUGUGAUGGCAUCCUAUGUCCCUACUCAUGUUACAAGUAUGACUGUAGUUAUCUGAGGGGCCCUCCAAGGUACAGCAUGUGCUUUGAGAAUCCAUAACAACCCCUUUCAGAAAAACCCACCUUGUUUUUGGAAAGGACGUCAUUACUACCAGCGCGUCUUGGCUCAAAAUUUGUAGCGCGUUUGUCGGCGUGACUGACUAACCUUUUGAAAUAUGUGCCGGAGUAUUCCUGAGCGUGUCCCAGUCUUUCUUCCUGUUGCCUGAAUGCCUGUGGAGUUUUAUGUUUCGCUGUGUGUUUUUGUCUGUGUGUCGCUCUGCAUUUGUGUGGUUCUGUCUGUACUGACUGGUUUGAUUGCACCGGUGCCUGACAGCCCCUGUCCUGUACUUGUACAGCAUAAGCUGAAGUCUUCGCAGAGGGACAAGGUACGGCAGUUCAUGUCCUUCACACAGGCUGGGGAGAAAACGGCCGUGUACUGUCUCACACAGAAUGACUGGAAACUAGAAGUUGCUACAGACAACUAUUUUCAGAAUCCAGAGCUUUACUGUAAGGAAUCCAUGAAAACCUCAGUAGACCGUAAGAAGCUGGAACAGCUCUACAAUCGCUACAAAGAUCCCCAGGAUGAGAAUAAGAUUGGUAUUGAUGGGAUCCAGCAGUUUUGUGACGACCUCUCACUGGAUCCAGCCAGCAUCUCUGUGCUGGUUAUUGCGUGGAAGUUUCGUGCCGCCACUCAGUGUGAGUUCACCAAGAAGGAGUUUAUGGAUGGAAUGACCGAGCUGGGGUGUGACAGUCCAGAAAAACUGAAGGCACUUUUGCCAAGAUUAGAACAAGAGCUAAAAGAUAGUGGAAAGUUCAAGGACUUCUAUCAAUUCACCUUUAACUUUGCCAAAAAUCCUGGCCAGAAGGGUCUCGAUUUGGAGAUGGCCGUAGCCUACUGGAACCUGGUCCUUUCGGGACGAUUUAAAUUCCUCGAUCUUUGGAAUAGAUUCCUUUUGGAACACCAUAAACGAUCUAUCCCAAAGGACACAUGGAACUUGUUGUUGGACUUUGGCAACAUGAUAGCAGACGACAUGUCAAACUAUGAUGAGGAAGGAGCUUGGCCAGUCCUUAUAGAUGAUUUUGUGGAAUUCGCUCGACCAAUUGUAACAGGAUCAAAACGCAAAACUCUCUAAAUCUAAUCCCGACUCUGGAAAACCAGAACAUUGUUUCUUUUACAGUGACUUGAUAGUUUUUUUUUAAGACUUGUACAAAAGAGAAAAAAAAAAGAAAAUUGUAGACUUCAGAGUGAAAACCGAAGCACUUGAAACUGUCAGGAAACCACCUUUCAGGGAGCUGAGUAUAAACUACGAGAACAACUGGCCACGUUUUCUGCCCUCUUGAGUCUGAGGCGUCAUAUGGACAUUGCCAGAUUCUCAGUAUCCUGGAUGCCCCUGUGCUCUGCUCCAGGAGGAGCACUACAGCCCCCAUAGGUGGGCAUAGACACAGCACUGAGAGGAGGUUCACUGGCUGCGUGUACUCUGAAUGGACUGGAGAAGCUGUGUGUUUUAAGAUUCUUCCUAGUCAACCGUGUCUCAAAGCUCUGAGUGACUGUGCAAAGUUCCCAUGUCUUAUUGUCUUAUUCUAACCUUGGGACAGAGUGCUCACUACACCAGCACCAACAGAACUGUUGCAGUUUUUACUGUACAUACUGUAUCUAUUGGGACAGUUUACAAAGAGAGCUAUAUGAAGAAUAAUAUAAAUAUGUUCAAUUUAUAAAUACAAAAGAUGAUUGUUUUAUGUACAGUAAAUGCUAAGUUCUCUAACGGGAUGCCUCAAUAUUGUGGAUGAUAUGCUGUUGGUUAAAUUGUUAGGUGGCUCUGUUAAGUCAUGGAAUUGUGAGCUUCUCAUCAAAAGCAUGUUGAAACACAUUUUACGUCACCCCUGGCUGGUUACACCAAUACAUUUUCACUAAAGUAAAGGCAGUACUUUAAUUUAGAUCAUGGAUAUUGGGUUGUGUUGUCUGAAUAAUCUCAGUGGGGAGUGGGUCUUGAAUCCUAAAUGUCACAUAGUCGACUUUCUGUCAGAAGCAAUUUUGUUUUUUAUCAAUUCAUCACUUUGAUGCGUUUUUUAUGCUUAAACAACUGUUUAGCAGCACUUGAGAGAAAUUCUGAAAUUAGGAAACGACUGACCUUUAGGAUUGCAUGGCACAUAUCUGUGUGUUUAGGCAGUGCAAAGCCCUUAAUACAGAAAUCAGGACACUAAAGAGGGCGACAACAGGACGACAAAGUAAGCCUUAAGAUUAAAAAUCUGUCUGUUUGAUAUUUGUAUUUCUGUUUAACCCCAUCUGUUCAGUGUUCCUGAAGGUAGUGAAAAAUAGAAAAUAUUGUUGAUACAUCGUGUAAGUAGCCUAAUAUUGUUCAUUUACGAAAGAUGAAUAAAGCAUGAGUUUUUCCAUAA